AAUAUUUCGAUUUUAUAUCGGUCUACUUAUUUCACAUGGUGUACGCGAUAAAAUUAACUGUUUAUAUGUUUACAUGUAUCAUCCUCUGAUAUAAGAAGUAUUCAUGCCUUUUUGUUUGAAAAAUCAUACAAUCAACAAUAUGGAGGAAUAUGCUGUAUUAUCGGACGUAACAGUCGUAGAUGUUUACGAUAUUGCUGCGGAAAUAGGGGCAGAAUGCGAAAAACUAAUAGAUUCUUUUGGAGUACAAUCCGUGACCAAGCUUAUGCCAAAAGUGAUACAAGCAUUGGAAGUGUUAGAAAAUCUGGCGACUAAAAAUGAACGUGAGAAUACAAUAGUCCAAGAGCUACACGCAAAGAUUUCACAGCUGGAAAAUGAUAAGAUAGAAAAAGCUGAGGAUAGACAGAGGUUUGAAAAGGAACUAGAACAAAUUGAGGAACAUUGGAGGCAAGAAUCCCGUGAUCUAAUAGGAAUAGUUACAAGAUUACAGGAAGAAAAUAGGCGAUUAGCAGAGGCACUUCAAGAGUCACGUAACGAUAGUCAGUACAGCAGUAAACAAACUUUUACCGCUAGUCAAGAAGUUGAUGUGGCAGUCUUACAACAUUUAAGAUCAAUGAUAGACAAGCAAAGAGAUCAUAUUCGAGCUAGGGAUAAAGAGAUGUUGCAGAAGAAUUUGGAAAUAGAAAAUCUAACGGCGCAGGUCGAGAAGCUCGGAGUCGUUGGUUGGGAAUUAAAACGUAAACAGCGUCAAGCGCAAAUGCAAGCUCGCGGUUUGGUGGAAGAAAGAGCAGAUUUCUUGGCUCAGUUACAAGACCAAAACCGUGAACUGAUAAACCUACGAGCCCGUCUUGGAUUAGCAAAGAAGGAAAACGAAGAUUUAAGUAAAUCGCAGGGGUGUCCAGACCUGACGAAUAAGGCUGUGUACGAUCUGGAUGAUCCCGAUAGACCAAGGUUUACGACCGCUGAAUUAAAAGAAAUUUUACACGAACGAAACGAACUGAAAGCCAGGGUUUCAGACUUGGAAGAUGAACUAGAACUAUAUCGACCGAAACCUGAAACAAUUGAAGAAGAUAAAGACGCUCCAGUCCAAGGACCACUUCCUUACGAACCAGAUGAUGCACCCUGGAAGAAAACAUCUGAAUCUGGAAUUCGUAAAUUUUUCCGGAAAAUAUUCUCAGAGCCUAGCAGUAGCUUUUUAGUUGGUAGCAGUCCACGCAGAAGUCUUUCUAGUCUGUCAAAGAUGGCCCUCUCUGGAACUAGUACGCGUGAUGAGUCUGUAUAAUGUUUUCUUUACAAGCGACUCAGUGACUUUAAACAUUUUAUACAAAUUGAUUGAACAUACGGUUCUUGGAUUGACAUACAGUAUUUUAUUUCUCGACAGAUCACGUAUUUGAAGGGUUUCUUUUAAACGU